AGCAGUUGUAUCGGGACGCAACCUAACUGUUCCCCGGCGGCCAGCUCUCGUUAUUCCUUCCCGGUUUUAGCAUCCCAGUUCCCAUAUUAUUACCUCCUCUCUCUCUCUCUCUUUUUUUUUCCUAAUCUUUCUCGUCCUCGGGACCCUGUCAGCUAUAUCUCCUACGGAUCUCCAAAUAACAAGGAGAAACAAAAGAUUGUUCAAUCUCCAGUCUUAUAUAGGAAAGAACCCCCAACACAGACGAAUCUAUAGAAAGAGAUGUGGCGGUGCGUGUCGCGUGGUCUUGGCAUUUCUCCCAAGAGAUCCAUCGCCGGCGACUCUUUCCGGCCGCUCAUUAACAGACUCUUUUCUGCUCAAGCGAAUGUCGCAGGAUCGGACUAUACUGUAGUUGACCACACGUAUGAUGCGGUGGUGGUAGGAGCUGGGGGCGCUGGGCUGAGAGCAGCAAUAGGUUUGUCAGAGCAUGGAUUUAACACUGCUUGCAUUACCAAGCUCUUCCCUACUCGUUCCCACACUGUUGCAGCUCAGGGUGGUAUAAAUGCUGCAUUAGGAAAUAUGACUGAAGAUGACUGGAGAUGGCACAUGUAUGAUACGGUGAAGGGAAGUGACUGGUUAGGUGAUCAGGAUGCUAUCCAAUACAUGUGCAGGGAAGCACCAAAAGCAGUUAUAGAGCUUGAAAAUUAUGGUUUACCAUUCUCUCGAACUGAAGAUGGAAAAAUAUAUCAGCGUGCAUUUGGUGGUCAAAGUCUGGAUUUUGGAAAAGGUGGACAAGCAUACCGGUGUGCAUGUGCUGCUGAUCGAACUGGACAUGCCCUGUUGCACACACUUUAUGGCCAAGCCAUGAAGCAUAAUACACAAUUUUUUGUGGAGUAUUUUGCUUUGGAUCUAUUGAUGGGUAGUGAUGGUAGCUGCCAAGGUGUAAUUGCACUAAACAUGGAGGAUGGGACCUUGCAUCGAUUCCGCGCUGCUUCAACUAUACUGGCAACUGGGGGAUAUGGUAGAACUUACUUUUCUGCAACCUCUGCUCAUACUUGCACUGGUGAUGGCAAUGCUAUGGUUGCACGUGCUGGGCUUCCUCUUCAGGAUCUUGAGUUUGUGCAAUUCCACCCAACUGGUAUAUAUGGUGCUGGGUGCCUUAUAACUGAAGGGUCUCGUGGAGAAGGUGGAAUUCUUAGGAAUAGUGAAGGUGAGCGAUUUAUGGAGCGGUAUGCUCCAACUGCUAAGGAUCUGGCAUCAAGGGAUGUUGUUUCAAGGUCUAUGACAAUGGAAAUUAGAGAAGGGCGUGGCGUAGGACCAUUGAAGGAUCACAUUUAUCUCCACUUAAAUCAUUUACCUCCAGAAGUCCUCAAAGAGAGGCUUCCAGGUAUUUCUGAAACAGCUGCCAUUUUUGCUGGGGUUGAUGUCACGAAGGAGCCAAUUCCUGUUUUACCUACUGUGCAUUAUAAUAUGGGUGGAAUUCCCACAAACCAUCAUGGGGAGGUGGUUACCAUUAAAGGUAAUGAUCCUGAUGCUGUAAUCCCGGGUCUACUGGCUGCUGGAGAAGCUGCCUGUGCAUCUGUUCAUGGGGCUAAUAGGCUUGGUGCAAAUUCUCUUCUUGACAUUGUUGUUUUUGGUCGGGCUUGUGCAAAUAGGGUUGCAGAGAUUCAGCGACCUGGAGAGAAACAAAAACCAUUGGAAAAGACUGCUGGAGAGAAGACUAUAGCAUGGUUGGACAAGCUCAGGAACUCAAAUGGUUCAAUUCCUACCUCAAAAAUCAGGUUGAAUAUGCAAAGAGUGAUGCAGAACAAUGCUGCUGUCUUCCGCACGCAAGAGACUCUCGAGGAAGGUUGUCAGUUGAUUGACAAAGCAUGGGAUAGCUUUCAUGAUGUUAAAUUAAAGGACCGGAAUUUAAUAUGGAACUCAGACUUGAUAGAGACGGUAGAACUGGAAAACCUUUUAAUUAAUGCUUGUAUUACCAUGCACUCCGCUGAAGCCAGGAAAGAGAGCAGAGGAGCACAUGCUCGUGAAGAUUUUACGAAAAGAGAUGAUGAGAACUGGAUGAAACAUACGUUGGGGUACUGGGAGAACGAGAAGGUUAGGCUGGAUUACAGACCUGUCCACAUGAAUACGUUGGAUGAUGAGAUUGAAUCGUUCCCGCCAAAGGCUCGCGUGUAUUAGAUGCAUGUGUUUUCCUUUUUUCCGAAAGAGGUGAUAGAUGCUUAAAUAAUGAAAUUUUGGUAAUAAUUGUUGCAUUCAUCUAUGCUUAAUAUGAUGCAGCCUGUUAAUACAUUUUCAAGUGUGAGAUAGCUUUUGUAUCUUAACUAUGGACUGAUGUUAUGUGAUUAAUUGUUUUAAUGGGAUUUAUGCA